ACUUCAUAUUCUUGAAAAGAAUGUCAUCUCUGGAGGACACCGCUCCUCCGGCAGAAUUACCACCUUGCGCUGCAGGAUUCACCUGGGUAAUUCUAAUGAGCACCUGUCUGCCGGACUUGGCACGCACACGAAGAAGAAGCCAAUGCGAUUAUGGAUAUUAUUUUCAUGAAAAACUAAGAAAAUGCAUGCGCCGCAGAUAUGACAAUGAGCGAAAGCCAGGUGUGAUCAAGAAAUGGAUGGAUCGUACGACCAAAAAACUGAUGACUACAAGAAGACCAUGUCCUUGUCGCGGAGAUGCAUACACUGGCGCUUGGUUGGGCUACCAUUCCGGAUAUGGAAGGAACGAGCCGCCUCCUAAAACUUAAAUUUUUUAAUUGAUUGCAGAUGUAUAGUUUAUAAUGGGAUAUUUUUAAAUACAUAAAAUAUUUGUUAUUCCUAAA